CAUGCAUUUUAAUGUGAAACCAUACCAAGCUUUGAGAUGAUUUUAAACAUCAAAUAUGCAAUGAUUACGUAAACAUUUUUAGGAGGGAACCAAUAACGACAAUCUGGACAUUUCAACGGUUUGAAACAUUGGAUUUUAUUUUCGUUCAAUAUUACCAAGAUAUUAAAAGAUCCAUACAUAGUCAACUUCGCUUAUUAUUAUAAUUUUCUCAUCAUCCUUUAGUUUGCCAUUUUCUUCUCUACUAAAGAGAAGCUAUGUAACUUUGUCAAAAAAGAAAAAGAAGAGAGAAAUCACCUAACUAACUUCAUGAGUUGUACCACUACAGCCUGAGCCUCCCUGAUACGAAAAUCACAUAUAUAUAUAUAUAAGAGAUUGUUGCCCUGACUAAUUUCGCAUCAUGGAACAGCAAAUCCCAGAAAUGGAUUCUGGAGAGAAACGUCUUAAUGAGCUUGGAUACAAACAAGAACUCAGGAGAGAAAUGAAUCUUUUCAAGACUCUGGCGAUAUCAUUUUCAACAAUGACACUUUUCACUGGAAUUACUCCUCUCUAUGGUUCAAGUCUUUUAUAUGCAGGACCUGCUUCUCUGGUGUGGGGGUGGGUUGUUGUGUCAUUCUUCACAUGGUUUGUUGGAAUUGCUAUGGCUGAGAUCUGUUCCUCUUUUCCAACUACUGGAUCUCUUUACUUUUGGGCUGCACAUCUAGCUGGCCCAAAGUGGGGUCCAUUUGCAUCAUGGUGUUGUGCUUGGCUUGAGACCAUAGGCCUCAUUGCUGGCAUAGGUACUCAGGCAUAUGCAGGAUCACAAACACUACAGAGUAUCAUUCUGUUAUGCACUGGAACAAACAAAGGAGGAGGCUAUCUUGCUCCAAAAUGGUUGUUUUUGUGCAUGUAUACGGGCCUCACACUUAUAUGGGCAUUUCUCAAUACAUUUGCCUUGGAAGUGAUCGCCUUUAUCGACAUGAUUUCCAUUUGGUGGCAGGUUAUUGGAGGUCUGAUUAUUGUAAUAAUGCUUCCCUUGGUAGCUCUGAGUACACAAUCUGCGUCAUAUGUGUUCACAAAAUUUGAAAUGGCAACUGAACAAACUGGAGUAUCAAGCAAACCUUAUGCAGUCAUUCUCUCUUUUCUUGUCAGUCAGUAUUCUUUGUACGGAUAUGAUGCUGCAGCUCAUUUGACUGAAGAAACCAAAGGCGCAGACAAGAAUGGCCCUAUUGCAAUUUUGUCUAGCAUUGGGAUCAUUUCACUCUUCGGCUGGGCUUAUAUCUUGGCUCUUACUUUCAGCAUUCAUGAUUUUGAUUAUCUGUUUGAUACGAGCAAUGAGACUGCUGGAGUGUUUGUACCAGCACAGAUAUUGUACGAUGCAUUUCAUGGAAGGUAUAAUAACAGUACUGGGGCAAUUAUUUUGCUAUUUAUCAUCUGGGGUUCUUUUUUCUUCGGUGGGCUUUCAAUCACUACAAGUGCAGCCCGAGUAGUAUAUGCUUUAUCAAGAGAUAAAGGCAUUCCAUUUUCGUCUACGUGGAGAAAAAUACACCCAAAGCACAAAGUUCCCUCAAAUGCUGUAUGGCUGUGUGCUGGAAUGUGCUUUCUUCUUGGACUUCCAAUCUUGAUAGUCAAUGUGGUCUUCACAGCUAUAACUUCCAUCUGCACGAUUGGAUGGGUAGGAGGUUAUGCAGUGCCAAUCUUUGCUAGAAUGGUAAUGGCUGAGAAGAACUUCAAGCCUGGGCCAUUCUAUUUGGGUAAAGCAAGAAGGCCAGUUUGCUUGGUAGCCUUCCUAUGGAUUUGCUAUACCUGUUCAGUUUUCCUUUUGCCAACUUUGUAUCCAAUCUCUUGGGACACCUUCAACUAUGCACCUGUUGCUUUGGGUGUUGGUUUGGGUUUGAUAAUGCUUUGGUGGGUAUUGGAUGCAAGGAAAUGGUUCAAAGGGCCAGUUAGAAACAUUGAGAUAGAAAAUGAUAAGAUAUAGCAUCUAUAAGAAAAUGGAAAUGUCUUAGGCUUCUUAGGAACUUUGUUAUGUUUCUUCAUCACAUGAAAUUAUAGUUUCCUUUCUUCUCUCA